AUGGAUUCUACAGAGAAUGAGUGGAUGUCUAUUGCCCUGUCAACACACCUAGACAGGACGAUUACAGGGACACAGGAAGAGGUGGAUAUCAGGAGGAGAUCAGAGGUUCUAAAUGAACGUAUACAAAAUGACUGUUAUUUGAAUUACCACCUCUUCUAUGGAGGAAGUCAUGGAGAGGGAUUGAGUCUAAUUGGAUCAGAUACGGACGUGAUGACGAUAGCAACGACUCUUAAAGUAUAUGCUUUGCUGAAAUGUUUCUUAAAACAGAUAAAAGGCAUGUUAAAAGAAACCAUAGGGGAUGAUGAUUUCUUGUGUUCCUAUUUUUUGAAAACUAUCCUUUUUCAUGCGAUAGAGAACUCCAGACAACUGUUCUGGCAAGAAAAACACUUAUUUUAUUGUUUCUGGUUUUGUUUCAACAUACUGAUUGCUUGGGUCAGGGCAGGAGUCUGUCCUAAUUAUUUCAUCCCAGCCAACAACAUGUUCCGAAGGAAAGUCCAUGGACAACAUCAACAAAUACUAUUGGAUGUUUUGAAAACCUUUUGUCAGCUGAAAUGGAUGUGCCUUUCAAUUACUAAAAUUGUUAAUCCCUCAAUAUGGGAAACUCUUGUAUGUCCCCAAACAAAGCAGGAAAUGAUCUUUCGGCAGGAUAUAGAAACUGCCCAAACGAUAAAAGGAAUAGGUAUCACACCAGGAACUGGAACACUAGGGAUCAGAAGGAAGGCGAUUUGUUUAUUAUCAAAAUCACAGUCAGAUUUUGAUGAAGUUUUCACAUACCAGUAUUCUGUGAUUUGCUUACGAAGACUUGCAGCAGAACAGGUCUCUCAAGAUCACUAUGCUAUGGACAACAAGACCAAGUACAAAAGUUUAAGGAAAUGUAAAAACUGGAUGAUUCAUGGGGCCUCAAUGGGCACAGAGCUGUUACAUCUAGCAACUUUUCAUUUUCUGAUAGGAAAUUUCAUUAAAAGCCUCGAGAUGUGCAAACAAGUCAUGCAACUGGCAUCAUGUUUCAUAGGUCACGAGGUAGGUAGAGAAGAGAGAGAAAAACUAGUUAGGCACAAGUAUAGUCAAUCGGCAGGCCAUACAUCAGAGAGACUACAGAAAAUAUACACAAACUUCAUUACCCUUUCUUGUAAAGACUUGUAUCUUCCCCACCUCUGCCUAGAAAUGACGAAUGAACACAGACUCCUAGAUAUCCCUCCACUACCGUAUGCUAUUUUCCUGUCAUUCCUUUGCUGUCAUGAACUUAGAGAUACCAGAGGACGUGAUGCAGCAUUACGUAACAUGGUAGAUGUCCAGUAUGACGAGAAUCAAGGAGGGCACAAGUACUGGAUAGUUGACACUCUCCUGGGCAUCUGUUACGAAAUUCUCGGGGACUCUCGAAUGGCCAUCAGAGCUUACUGGAACUCAGCUCAAAGAAAAAGUUAUUUAAGUUAUUUCUGCACAAAUCAUGCUAUCAAGAGGAUAGCCAUUGUGUAUCUAUGUAUGCAUGCCUCACAGAAAUUCAACAGAGGAUAA